AUGACAACAAAAGAUUGUGAACUGAUGAAACGAGAUAUCGAUACUUUUAGACAUACGUUUGAACAGUUGGAAAACACAACUUGGAAAUCAACUAGCAACAUACCUAAACGACAUUCUUACGAUGACUACUUUGAAGACCAAAGUGCUAGUGAAACAUGCGAUAUUAGCGACGAGGGACAGAUUGCGCAUUGUUUAGCAGAUCUUGAUGCAUGUCCGAGCAAUAUUCAAUUGAGACAUGUGUCUGAAAGAAUUGAACCAAAAUGGAAAAUUGUAGCUCGCUACCUUCGUCCCCAUGCCCUUCAAUCUUGCGAUGUUGCUCGCAUUGAACAUACGUAUUCACUUAAUUUGACUGAUCAGUCAGCUGUCAUGUUGGAAAACUGGCGUAAAACGCACGGCAAGCGAGCGACCAUCAGGCUUCUGUGUGAGUCUUUGCUGGAUGCUGGAUGUCGACUGCAUGCAGAAGACGUUUUUGGAGAAGAAUUGGUGGAAAGAGUUGCUUUAGAACUUAGACCUAGUGAAAACGUGUCUGCUGAAGAUGAACUUUUUGAUCUGUCUGUGGCAGUGGGAACAAAAUGGCGAGAAUUGGGGCAACUUCUUGGAGUAACUUCAGAGCAAAUGGAUUGUAUUGAAAGAGACAUUCCUACAACAAGAGAAAAAGCAUUCAAGAUGCUACAUGAUUGGUAUUGCGCACGUGGAAGAAGAUGUAAUUUGGUUGACGUGAAAUCUAAAGUCACAGAGUUAAAGAGAGGAGGAGAAAGUGCUAGACAGGAAAAACGACACUUCAUUUUUCCUCAAAAACUUUGUGAUGACAAGCGAUUCUAUGGUCGUGAGUAUGAACUGAGUGAAAUGAGGAAAAAAUUGUUUGAAAACGACAUUCGCUUUUCUACUGUAUCAGCUGAAAUUAAAUUCUGUCUGCUGGUGAUCCGCGGUCUUGGAGGUAUUGGCAAAUCAUCUCUUGCUGCUCGUUUUGCUGUCAUGUUCAGAGAUGUGUACAGCGACGGAGUAUUCUUUCACAAUGCCGAAACCUGGGCAAUGCUGGAAACGUCAAUUAGAGAAAACUUGUGUGAACUGCUAGCUCAACAGUUCAGUGGUACUCUUGAUGAAAUGAACAAAAUCUUUCUGCAUCACAUUGGUCACAAGUCAAAGGUUCUUUUAUUGUAUGAUAAUGUAGAAGACGUUGAUCUAUUGUUACGAGUUUUGCCGCAUGAAUUCUCAAAUGUUCACAUUUUGGUGACUACUCGCUGUUGUACUGAUAACAAAUUGUCGCAAAAAGCUGACCAUGUCAUUACAGUUGAAUAUCUGUUAGGCGACAAUGCUUUGACGGCAUUAUUUGGUUGGGCUAACAGAUCACAUCCAGUUGAUGAAGAUGAGUUGCACUAUGCAAGAAGAUUAGUAACCUGUCCAUUGAUCCAAGGAUUGCCGUUAGCCAUUGCACAUAUUGGCACAUUUAUACGACAAGCAAACAUGUCAUGUCGUAACUAUUAUCACCUUUUGAAGAGAGAAGAGGAGGAGAUGAUAGCAACAGCUUUAAACAUUGAUAAACUUUUGCAAUAUUUUCACAUUAGUCAUUUGAGGGCCCCUUUAGCUGCUAUCUGUGUAAAUCAUCCUGGGCAGCUUGAAACACUUGAUCAUGAACUGAUAUGUCGCAUUGCUGACAAUCCUAUCGACCAAAGAACUUUGCUUUUUGCACAAUUCUGGAUGAAGAACGCAAACCAUGUCUAUCUGACGUGGCAAUUUGAUAUUGAAUCUGUGAGUGAUGAUGCCUUGAGUGUGUUGGAGUUCGCAUCUUUAAUGUCAUCCAGAAACAUACCAGGUGACUUUCUCCAGUUACUGACCUUUUCAAAUAGAGACAGACAAGCACUUCGUAGGUUUAGUAAGAGUCUAACAGAGUUGUUAUCUCAUGCUCUUAUUACGACAGUUGAAACGGAUGAUAACUACAGAUGUGAUGUUCAUGCUCUAGUACAGUCAACAGUAUGGCAGCGUCUCCGCAAAAAGCCUCAUAUUCUACACGCUAAACUCACUUGCUUGGCUGAGCAUUUGCAGCAAAUUUUGCCAAAAGGAUUACGUAACACUAAACUUCAAUUGAAAGACAGCAAGUUUGUGGAAAUGGUUCCUCAUCUUUACAGUGUCGCUGAAAGGAUUCUUACGACCCAAUGUGACUAUGAUGUGUGUUGGGAUGUUGUUCAGAGAGCUUGUGAUACCAGCAUUUGCAAUCGUCACGUUAAUACUGGCUUUCGAUUGUGUGAAAGACAACUAAAGAUUCUCGAACCAAUUGGGAUGUAUUUACACAAUGAAUGUCGUUUGAAGGGAGUUGAAGAAAUCCCAUGUUCCAAAGUUACUUUUUACACGAAUGCUCUCUAUCAAAUGGGUUUAUCAUGCAACAUUCUGAAGCAUAAUGCGUCUGAGUCUCUGAGCUAUUACUUGAAAGCAAUUGACGUGAUGAACAUUGUCUUUAACGGUCAUGUGUGGAAGAAUUCUUUCUAUUUAGACGUUUAUGUAGAAAUGGCUAAUUCGCACUUACAGUUAUGUCAUCUUGCUGAAUCUGAACGUCUCUAUUUACGUCUCCUUGAUAUUUAUACUUCGCCCAAUUCCCCACAAUUUUAUUCAAGGCAUGCCAUAGAAGUAAUGAACCAGUUGGCCAAUGUAUAUAUGACAGCUGUUCAGUUUGAUCGUGCCUAUGAUAUGUACCAACGAGCACUUCAUAAAGCGCAGUUUGUUGAAGGAUCGGAUCUCAUUAUUACAAUCAUUCUAGGUGAAUUGGGUCAAUGUUACCUUGGCUUAGGAAAUAUAUCCGAAGCCACCCGUAUGGCAGAAGAGUCUUUGUCUGUUGCGAGGUCAACCCGUGAUCGUGACGAUCCUAUUGUCGCAUACCUUCUCUCUCAGCUAGCUGACUGUUAUUUGUCUGCUGGAGAAGCGGCUGGAGCCAUCAAAAUAUAUGAAGAAUGUGUUGAAACAUUUAGGAAACAUCUACCAGAUACCUUACUAAAUCUUUGUACCGUAUUACACAAAUUGGAAGAGCAUUAUGCCUCAAACGGUAUGCUACAGAAGUCGUCCUCUUUUCUUCAAGAAAUUAUUGGAUUUUAUCGAUUAUUUCGCUACGACAUUCAUCCUAGAUUAUGUCAAUGCCUUUGCUCUCUUGGAUUUAAUUAUCUGAAAACUGGCAACUUGGUAGAUGCUGAGAAUGUGUUCAGACAAAGUUUGCUCAUUUUUGAAAAAAAUUCAUCUGAAUCCGUUCAAUGUGCUACAGCGUUGCUCGGACUUCAGGCUUGUCUAUUUAAGCAAAAUCGAUAUACUGAAUGCUCACCGUUGCUGUCGCAACUCUGUAAUAUUGUCGCACAAAAAUUGUUUCCAAAAUCGAUAGAAAUUGCCCAAGCUUGCUUGGAAUUUGGAGAAUGCUGUUUGAAGUUGCAGCGACUGGGAGAAGCAGAAAAAGCUUUGUCAGAUUCAAUUGAAAUAUACAAAACCGUAUUGCCUGCAGACGAUUAUGAUAUGAGAAAGGCUGUUAAAGCUCUUGUACGCCUCGGAUCGUUGUACGAAGAAAAGGGUGAUUUUAGGAAGGCAACGGAGCUCUACAAGCAGAGUUUGAAUACUCUUGAACAAAUUCCACUUAUUUACGUUGACAAGGCGGAUGGUAUAUAA